AACACGUUUUAUGGAAGCUCCAAUUUGACUCUUGGCUUCUUAAAUUUAUUUACUGAACAAAUGGAGGAAAGAAGAGUCAUGAAUAAAACAGCACUGGUUAUUAAAAAAUCAGAUCUCUGGAAUGCAGCGAGCUGGACUUUUGAAACAGGUUAUUGGAAUGAAGUGAGCUAGGUGCAGGAACAUAAAAUAAAGAUUUGGUUUGUUCUCUUAGGAAAAAUAACUUUUCAGCUACAGCUGCUGUAGUGGAACUGAACCAUAGACUUCAGGUUAGAUCAUGUUUUAUAGCUGUUACACCUCACUGUUUUCAAGUACACCCUCCAAUAUUCUAGUUUUCUCCAGUUCUUAACUCCUCCCAGGAAGACCAAGUUUGUCAGUACCUGGAACUCAGUUAUGGUAAUAUAGUGAGCAAGGCUCCGUUUUGGUGUAAAAAUAGAUUAUUCUAGUAAUCUAUUUCACCCACCUAAAAUGACAAUUUUCAUUAAGGAAUUUGAAACUCAAUAAAACCUUCAUGUCUGGCCUUUUGACAAAAAUCUGAUAAUCAUGAGGAAUAUUGCUUUGCCAGUCAUUUUCAAAGAAGUACUACCAAAUGUCGUAAACAAGGGAUUUGCAUUUCUAUCAGUGAUUUUGGCCCUCCAUCUACAAUACAACCAACUCCUGGAUAAACUAUUAGCAGUUUUUGAAAAGCAUUUCUGGGCUUGCAAGAAAAUAAGGAAAAUCUUCAAGGCAUACCAAUCCCUUUCCCACAAAAAGAAAGAAGAUAAACUGUUUUCUAGCACUGUACCUGACAUCUUUGCAUACAAAUGCCAAUUAUAGCCCUGGAAUUUGACUACUAACCCUUGAGCAAUCCUGCUGCAGGACAGGAAAACAACCUGAGAAUUCUGUAUGAAACUAGGAUGCUUCAAGACAACUAAAAUCCCUAAAUUAGUAAGAUUAGUGGCUUCCAGCAGAGGCAAAUGCAAAUUCUCUCUGAAGAAGGCAAUUCUAAUUUAGGUCCUCAGAAUCUCCACCUAAAAAAUUUUAAGAUAAGGAAAAUGAUAUAAGUGACAACAAAAAUCAUCUAGAUCCCUAAGGUUUUGAGGUACUGAUCAAAAACAGUGUAAGUAUAUAGACUGACUUCUGAAAAGAUGGAGUAGACAUACUCUUUCUUACUCCUUUAGUUAAGUACAACUAAUAAGACUCUAAAAGAGGGAGAGGAAGACUAGCCAGGGACCUCAGGACCCAAGACAACAUGGUACUGGGUUGUCUCAGGCUUGUAGCUGAAGAAGCCAGCAAUCAAAGUACCAAUGAGUUCAGACAAGCAAAACAAGGAAAACCUACUCUGUAGUCAAAGGAAUAGGAAAUAGACAAUCUAGCAAAAUGAAACUUUCAGAGAAUAAAAAUGCUCUCCAGCCAAAUACCACAAAGAAAAAUUGUGGGUCCCCCCCCCAUCUCUACACAUGCCAGGAAAAGUCAGGAGGGGAGCCUAGACUUAACACCCUCACCAGGCUGUAAUGGGGCACCCUAACAUUGUCCCCUACCACAACUACCAGGGUGGUGCCAGAAAAGGCUGAGUAGGAAGCUACCCAGCCAUAACAGGCCUUCCCUCUUCCCCCACUCACCAUAGUGUUAGUAGAGACCAUGCAGGGAUCCUGGACUUCCAACUGCCCAUCUGGCAGUAACAAGGUGCCUCCCUCUCUGCUGGGGUGGUGUCAGAGGCCAAGUGGUAGGUCAGGACUUUCAUCACCACCCAGUGGUAAAAACGCCACCCUCCCCUGUUAUAUUAGUGAGGGCCAUGUAGUGGGCAGUAAUAAGACAUUCCCACUCCUAGGAGCUGGGGAAGGACCAGUGGAGGCUUACUGGGGAGUUGGAACUUACACUUGCACUCAGCAGUAACAAGAUACACCCUUGGGUGACAACAGUAGCUAAGUGGGAACCUGAACUUCAGCCUCCAUUUAGCAAUAUCAAGGCAAUGACCCUUGCCUUCUACUGGAGUGGUUUCAGGUUAAACUAACUAAAGUAGAUCCUAAUAAGAUGCAGAGCCUUAUAAUUUCCAGAAUGUCCAGGUUUUAAUUGAAAAUCAAUUCCAAGAGCCAGGAAGAUCUUAAACUGAGAAAAGAUCAUUGGUAGAUGUCAAAACAAUUAUGUUAUGUUAGAGGAAAGAAGCAGUGAACUGGAAGAGAGAACAAUAGAAACUGUACUAUCUAACCGAGAAAAAAAUUAACAGCCUCAAGGACCUAUGGGGCUAUAAUAGAUGAUUUAACAUUCAUGUCAUGGGACUCUCAGAAGGAGAGGAGAAAAAAAAAAGGACAGGAGAAAGGGGAGGCUGAAAAAGUACCCACAGAAAUAACAUCUUAAAUGUACUAAAUUUGGCGAAAGACAUAAACCUAUAGAUUCGAGAAGCUGAGUGAAGCCAUGACAGUUUCAUGUGGUUUAGUCUAACACACCUAACUCCCAAGUGGGUGGAAUUAGCAAGAGUGUACAUAAAAUGUCCAGCACAAUGUCUGAUAUACAGCCGUUGCUUAGUAAGCAGUAGUUAACAUUAGAAGGAGGUGAAGGAGGAACUGAAUGAACCCCAACAAGCCCAAAGAAAUCCACACCAGACACUUUAUAGUCAAACUUGUAACUAACUACAAAAAUUCUUGAGGGCAGCGAAUGAGAGAGGACACCUCACCGGCAGAAGAAACCAUUCAAAUGACACCAGAUUUCUCAUCAGAAACCGUGAACGCCAAAAGGAAGUAGCACAUUUUGCAAGUGCUGAAAGAAAACUGUCAAAUCAGAAUCCAGUGAAAAUAGCUUGUGAGAGUUAUUAAGAGAAAAUUAAGACAUUCUCAGAUGAAGGAAAACUAGAAACAUUUGUUGCUAGCAGACCUACCCUAAAACAAUAGCUGAAGAAAGUUUUCUAAGCAGAAAGGAAGACAUUUUAAAAAGGAACUGAAACAUCAGAAAGGGAAAAAGUAACAUGGAAAUUCAGUUACAUCUCCUGAACUUGAAAGGAGUGACCUUAUGAAGAAGAGUUCCUGUAGUACCCUAUAGCACAAUGUCCCCUCCUCACCAGAACCAAGCACUUCAGGGUGUCUCCUGUGUGAGUUUUGUGUGCUCUACCAUUGUGGCAGAUCCUUGUUUGCCUACAGUCCAGUUGUCCCUUUGUCUGUUGUGGGCCAGGUUUGAUCACUGUGCUGUUAAGGGGUCAGUCUGAGACUGUCAUGGGCUUGUAGUGGGGUGGUGGCAGCAAUCAGACCAGAUACCUGUCCUCAGCCCAUUUUCUGGGGCUGCAGUAGCACCAAACUGUAAGGUGCUUUUCUCGCCUCAUCCCAUGAGAGGCUUUUGUUGGUGGGUUGGCCAGACAUCAAGCCAGAUGCCUGCAGGGGCUGCAGAUGCACUGAUCAGCGGGGCACUCUCUCUACACUCUCAGUUAUAAUGAUGGGCUUCUGGGAUUGUGAGUGUCCUGGUGUGUGUUGUUAUCUUCCCUUCUCUCUGGGCAGGAGUCACUUUGGAGUGACAAUGGUCUUGCAGGGGCUGCUUUCAGGAUGAGAUGUAGCAGGAGCUUCUUUGGAGAGACUUCUACCUAAUGGGGAAGGUUGGAUGGGGCAGAUCUGCAGGAGAAUGUAGGGGUGGGUCAUGUGGUAUGAACAAGGUAGAUGGAGAGUGUUGGUGCUAUUUCCUACUGGUGUCUGGCUAUCUAGACUGAAGGGAAGGUGGAGAGAAAUGGUUCCUGCCAGCUCUUUGAUUCUUAGAGAAGUCUAAAGAUCCCUGGCCCUCCAGCACACCUUCUGGGAUGAGUAAAUCAACCUCCUUCGGGCACACCCCAGGUGCUUUUCAAAUUGCUGUCUCUAUGCUGUGUCUCAUUGGGGCUUCUUGUUAUGCUGUCUCUUUAAGAGUGAGUACUGUUUCCUAUCACCCUCCAGCCUGUUGAUUUUUAAAGUACUUGGAGUUAAGCCCCUCUGGUUAUAAAGACUCAUGAAGUUAAGCACCACUGGUUUUCAAAGCCAAAUGUUAUGGGGACUCAUCUUCUAAGUGCAGGUCCCCCAUAUCUAGAGUACCUAAGGUAGGGUCUGCUUCUUUCCGUUCUCCAUGCUUGUGGUAUCCCUCCUAUUUAUGGUUAGUUUCCUUGGGACUUUGGUUCUCAAGCCCGUCUCUGCCCCUCCUAUCUUUUUUGAUGUAUCAUCUCUACAAUUAACUGUGGAAUGUCUGUUCUCUCAGUCUUCACGUCAUUUUCUGGAUUGGAUGCACUGACGUGGCUGUUAUCUAGGUGUGCCCAUGGGACAAGGUUCCAGAAAGAAGUUGGAAAUCGAAGAUUUAAGGAGAGAAUGUUGUUCUAAAAUAUUCUGACUUACUUCAAAGACUAAGGCCAGAAACUUAAAAAGGGGCAUCACGGAGAGAGAGGCGGGCGCCCUGGAUCCUGAUUGCCCUUCUGCCAGGCAGAUACGUGUAGCCAAAGAUGAAUUUGGGCAAAGUAGCUGCUUGCUCCUUGAGCCAUGGAAAAGCAGGGCCACGGUGAGAUGGGAAUCAUUCCAUCAGAGUCUCACUCCCAUGUUAAGUUGUUGAAAAUCAACCGGGAACUUCUGGUCACUCACAUCCGCAACACCCAGUGUCUGGUGGACAACUUGCUGAAGAAUGACUACUUCUCCUCUGAAGACGCGGAGAUCGUCUGUGCCUGCCCCACACAGCCUGACAAGGUUCGCAAAAUUCUGGACCUGGUACAGAGCAAGGGCGAGGAAGUGUCCGAGUUCUUCCUCUACGUGCUCCAGCAACUUGCAGAUGCUUACGUGGAUCUCAGGCCUUGGCUGUUGGAGACUGGCUUCUCCCCCUCCGAGCUCAUUCGGAGCAGAGUUGUCAUCAACACUGACCCAGUGAGCAGGUACACCCAGAAGCUGCGACAGCAACUGGGCCUCGACUCCAAGUUCAUCCUGUGCUAUGCCCAGAAGGAGGAGUUGUUGCUGGAGGAGAUGUACACGGACACCAUCGUGGAGCUGGUGGGCUUCAGGAACGAGAGCCUGGGCCUGCUGGGCAGCCUGGCCUGCCUGCUGGACCACUCCACCGGCGUCCUCAGCGAGCAGGGCGAGACCAUCUUCAUCUUCGGGGACGCCGGCGUGGGCAAGUCCAUGCUGCUUCAGCGGCUGCAGGGCCUGUGGGCCGCGGGGCUGCUGGACGCGGAGUUCAAGUUCUUCUUCCACUUCCGCUGCCGCGUGUUCAGCUGCUUCAAGGAGGACGACGCGCUGUGCCUGCAGGACCUGCUCUUUAAGCAUUACUGCUACCCGGAGCAGGACCCGGAUGAGGUGUUCGCCUUCCUGCUGCGCUUCCCCCACACGGCCCUCUUCACCUUCGACGGCCUGGACGAGCUGCACUCGGACUUCGACCUGAGCAGCGUGCCUGACACCUCCUCCCCCUGGGAGCCCGCCCACCCCCUGGCCCUGCUGGCCAACCUGCUCAGCGGGAAGCUGCUCAAGGGCGCCGCCAAGCUGCUCACGGCCCGCACGGGCAUCGAGAUCCCGCGCCAGCUCCUCCGCAAGAAGGUGUUUCUGCGGGGCUUCUCGCCCAGCCACCUGCGGGCCUACACCCAGAGGGUGUUCCCCGAGCCCGCCGUGCGGGACCGCCUGCUGGCCCACCUGGAGGCCAACCCCAACCUCUGCAGCCUGUGCGCCGUGCCCCUCUUCUGCUGGAUCGUCUUCCGCUGUUUCCAGCACUUCCACAGUGUUGCGGACAUCUCCACGCAGCUGCCUGACUGCACGGUGACCCUGACCGACGUCUUCCUGCUGAUCACCGAGGUCCACCUGAACAGGACGCAGCCCACCAGCCUGGUCCAGCGGAACACGCGCAGCCGGACGGAGACCUUCCGCGCCGGUGGCGCCGCCUUGCGCUUGCUGGGGCGGGUGGCCCACCAGGGCAUGGAGAAGAACCUCUUUGUCUUUGGCCAGGAGGAUGUGCGGGCCGCCGAGGUGCAGGACGGAGAGCUGCAGCUGGGCUUCCUGCGGGCCGUGCCAGAGCAGGGCCUCGGGGGUGACCAGCAGGCCUAUGAGUUUUUCCACGUCACCCUCCAGGCCUUCUUUACCGCCUUCUUUCUCGUGGCGGACGACAAGGUAGGCACGCAGCAGCUGCUCAGGUUCUUCCGGGAGUGUGGGCUUCCUGGAGAGGCGGCCGUGGAGUCCUGCUACCCCUCCUUUCUCCCUGUGCGGUGUCUGAGGGGCCCCGGCCUGGCCGGGGAGGACCUCUUCAAGAACAAGGAUCACUUCCAGUUCACCAACCUCUUCCUGUGCGGGCUGUUGUCCAAGGCCAAGCAGAAACUCCUGCGGCACCUGGUGCCCGCGGCGGUCCUGCGGAGAAAGCGCAAGGCCCUGUGGGCGCACCUGUUUGCCAGCCUGCGGGCCCACCUGAAGAGCCUGCCCCGGCUCCAGUACGAGGGCUACAACCAGGUGCAGGCCAUGCCCACCUUCAUCUGGAUGCUGCGCUGCAUCUACGAGACGCAGAGCGAGAAGGUGGGGCGGCUGGCGGCCAAGGGCAUCUGUGCGAACUACCUCAAGCUGACCUACUGCAAUGCCUGCUCGGCCGACUGCAGCGCCCUCUCGUUCGUCCUGCACCACCUCCGCAAGCGGCUCGCCCUGGACCUGGACAACAACAACCUCAACGACUACGGCGUGCGGGAGCUGCAGCCCUGCUUCAGCCGCCUCACGGUCAUCAGACUCAGCGUAAACCAGAUCACUGACAGUGGGGUAAAGGUGUUAAGUGAAGAGCUGACCAAAUACAAAAUUCUGACGUUUUUAGGCCUGUAUAACAACCAGAUCACCGAUGUCGGAGCCCGGUACAUCGCCAGAAUCCUGGACGAGUGCAAGGGCCUCACGCACUUGAAACUGGGGGAGAACAAAAUAACGAGUGAAGGAGGAAAGUGUCUCGCCCUGGCUGUGAAGAAGAGCAAGUCCAUCUUUGAAGUUGGGAUGUGGGGCAACAGAAUCGGUGACGAAGGAGCAAAGGCCUUUGCAGAGGCUCUGAGGAACCACCCCAGCCUGACCAACCUGAGUCUUGCAUUCAACGGCAUCUCUACGGAGGGUGGAAAGAGCCUCGCCCAGGCCCUGCAGUGGAACACCUCUCUGAGAAUAUUCUGGCUCACCAAAAAUGAACUCGAUGAUGAAGUGGCAGAGAGCUUGGCAGAGAUGCUGAAAGUCAACCAGACGUUGAAACAUUUAUGGCUUAUCCAGAACCAGAUCACGGCCAAGGGGAUUGCCCAGCUGGCAGACGCAUUACAGAGGAACACUGGCAUAAUGGAGAUUUGCCUAAAUGGAAACUUGAUAAAGCCAGAGGAGGCCAAAGUCUUCCAAGAUGAGAAGCGGAUCGUCUGCUUCUGAGAGGCCACUGCUGUGCACGGGGUGUGGGCCCCGGGCGGCCCGCUAGCAGAGCCAGCCGCCCCGUGCAUUUGUCCCUCUCGGAGUCUCAGGGGACCCUGCUGCCUUGGUGACCGGCACGAGCGUCCCUGAGCAGCUGUUACAAUUUUGCAGGGCAUGAGUGUGCCUGGCGGGCCGUUUUACUUACUGUAAAUACACUAUGAAGAGACGUAAUGCACGUGUAGGGUUAUUUUUAUCGGACAUUAGAGGAAGAAGACUGAGCUCAAACGCCUGCCCUGAGGACCCCGGAGAUGAGUUGGUCACGCUGUCUUCGUGGAAGAAUUGAGGACAUGGUAUAGAGUUAGUGCCAAGCUUCUUGGACAAAAGGUGCUCGACGACCAAGUGUUUUACCUGGAAUAGUCUCUUCCUCCUCCGUACUCCCCAACAGGUUGACGGUCUGCUCACUUCACCACUGUAGAUACUAGGUCUGUGCAGUGUUGCGAUUUGAUCCACCCAAGGUUUUGCCAAGACAAGGGCUCCUGCUCGGCUUUUGUUUUAGUCCUAGAGUCUCACUCUGCUGACAGAGAUCGCCGGGUGCCCUCUUAGCAGGUCUAAGAGGAAAGAGUGGUGUCCUCGUAACAUUGAGCUUCCGCUCAGGGCUUUCUCACGCUGGGCUCACCUCCUCCGGAAGGCGGAUGGGGGCGGGCACAAGUGCUCUGCCCUAAGAAGAAGAACCUGUGCCCCUCCUCCAAAAGGAAUAAGGCCUGGCUUGCCUUUGUGGCCCUGGCCUCCAAGCAGAAGCUUCUGUCUCUCUCUCGCCCUCUUGAGGAGGGGAGUUUUCUCCUUGCCCCAAAGUCCUUGGGAGGAUGACUGAACUAGGCCAAGGGGGAUGCUGAGAACCCAGCUAGCAGAGCAGGUUAGACACCGACCAUCAUGGCGGCCACAUGCUGGACGUUAAAUGGGGGUGGUGGGGGGGGGUGAGAUUACCAGAGAAAUUGUUCUUCUACCAAUUUAUUUGUUAAUAAAAUAUUGAAAACGCUCCUUCUAA